AUGUCCUCGCAUUUCGAACGCAUCCAGCGGGUCCUCGCAGAUGCUACGCCGUUGCAGCUCUCCCUCGUCGGGGCAGCCGUUCUUUCAGCAGGCUACAUCCUUUUAAACCGUUCAAACUCUCGGAAAUACCCGCCAGGUCCUCCGCGAUUACCAUUGAUAGGCAACUCGCACAACUUUCCAAACGAGAAUUGGCCCGUCGUCUUCAACGAAUGGCAGAAACAAUACGGGGAUAUUGUUUACCUGGAGCUCCCUGGCAUGCCAUUUGUCGUCGUCAACUCGCUCUCUCUCGCAAACGAACUCUUUAUAAGGCGGACAAACAUCAACUCGGGUCGCAAGAUUGGCUACAUGGUCAAUCACAUGAUGGGUUGGGAGUGGAUCAUCUCGCAUAGAAAUACAGACAACGUCUUCUACAAGCAACGCAAGGUCCUCAAGCACGGUCUUGGUCCCACGGCCGUCAUGCGCCAUGAUGUGUUGAUCGAGCGUUGUGCGAGCUCUCUCGCGCUCAAAUUGCAAAAGAUUCACGGAAGUCCAGAGGACACGAUUGUCAAGUCUGUUGCACUUGCUAUCAUCGAGCUCGCAUAUGGUCAGAAAAUGGUCGAAGAGAGCGGCGAACAGAUGAUCAAGCAGAAUCAAGAGGCCAUGUCCAUGCUCUUCCACGCCUUUCAUCACGUCUGGAUGGUCGACUUCUUCCCAUGGCUGCGCUUUAUACCCAGUUGGAUGCCCGGCGCUGGCUUCAAGCGCUUUGCAAAGAAGACCAAGAAUAUGAUUAACACCAUCCGUUCUGCGCCAUUCAAUCUGGCUGUUCAGCGUCAUAGUGAAGGAAAGUUGGACCACUGUUUAGCCGACGAAUGGAUCACCGAGUUUGGGCCAUGUGAAGAGGCGCAAGACGCCCUAGCUGCUCUCUACUUUGCUGGUUAUGAUACGACUUCGACAGUCGUCGUCCGCUUCCUCCAUGCCAUGUUCAUCUUCCCCGACGUUGCCAAGCGUGUUCAAGCCGAGAUCGAUAGUGUUGUAGGCCAAGGUCAUCUUCUCACCAUCAAGGACCGUCAAAGCCUUCCGUACACGGAAGCCGUCUGGAAAGAGACUUUGCGCUGGAGGCCUCAGCUUCCUUUGGCACUUCCGCAUACGAAUAGCGAGGACCAGAUCAUCAAUGGCUAUUUCAUCCCCAAGGGCGCACUUUUCCAACCAAAUUAUGGAUUCAUGAUGACCGACCCUUCUAUCUGGGGAGACCCAGAUGUGUUCAGGCCCGAACGGUUCCUCGACUCUGAUGCGAGCACGUUGCCUGAUCCAAAUGUUCUCGUAUUCGGAUUCGGUUCGAGAAUCUGUCCGGGAAUGUACUUUGCUGACCGUGCAGCAUUCCAUGUCGCCCUCACGUCCGUUUCUCUGUUUAGUAUCUUGCCGUUGGAAGGGGAAAAGGUGCCGCAUAUCGAUGAUAUCGAGUAUACAAAGGAUGUCACAAAAGUUCCGGUCAAGUUUGACUGUCGAUUUGUGCCGAGAAACGAAGAGGCGAGUAACCUGCUCGCCUCGCUCGCACUCAAUGCAAGCAAGUGA